AUGCCCCUUAGGGCACUCAACUAUGAACCUGAAAAGCCUCCAGAUGAAGAAGAGUACAUGUCUGGCUUCAAGCUCUGGCUCAUACUCGUCUCUCUCAUCUUUAGCAUCUUUCUCAUCGCUCUAGACAUGACCAUUGUCGCAACCUCCAUCCCGGCCAUCACCAACCAGUUCAACGGCCUUGGAGACCAAGCCUGGUACAGCGCAAUCUACCUCAUGACGUCCGGCGGCUUCCAAUCUACAUGGGGCAAGAUGUACCAGUACUUCCCCCUCAAGAUCAGCUUCCUCAGCGCCAUGGCCGUCUUUGAGAUCGGCAGCCUCAUCUGCGGCGUGGCCCCUUCGUCCGUGACCUUCAUAAUCGGUCGCACGAUUGCCGGGGUGGGAGCUGCAGGCGUCAGUUCGGGGGCGUAUACGAUAUGCGCUUACAUCUCUGAGCCCAGGAAGAGGGCGGUGCAUACUGGGAUUCUGGGUGCGGUAUUUGGGGUUGGGAGUAUCCUGGGUCCUUUGCUGGGUGGUGUCUUUUCCGAAGAGUCCACCUGGAGAUGGUGCUUCUACAUCAAUCUCCCCAUUGGCGUCCUCCCCAUCGUAUCAACAGUCUUCUUCCUCAGCACGCCCAAAGCCGCAAAACCUCGAGAAGCACCGAUGCGAGAGAAACUCCUCCAACUCGACCCCCUUGGAACAGCCGUGCUCAUGGGCGCCAUCAUCACCUACCUCAUGGCCGUCCACUACGGCGGCCAGAUCGACCCCUGGAACUCCGCGCGCGUCAUCGGCCUCCUCGUAGCCUCCAUCGUCCUCUUCAUCGUCUUUGCCUUUAUCGAGCGCUGGCAGGACGAAAGAGCCAUGAUCAUCCCGCGGCUCUUUGCCAAGCGCGACAUCUUCGUCCCGCUAUUCUACACCGUGUUCCAAGGCGGCGCGCUAUUUGCCAUGGUCUAUUACCUCCCUCUGUAUUUUCAAGCAAUCCGCGGUACGGAUGCAGUCAUCUCGGCCGUGCACAAUCUGCCAUUCAUCAUCGCGGCCAUGCUCUCGGCUCUUGGGGCCGGCAUCUUCAUCUCCAACACGGGUCUGGCUACGCCCGUCAUGAUAGGCGGCUCAGCAAUUGCCACGCUUGGAUGCGGUCUCUGUCACUUGUUCGAUCUCGAUACAGAAACAGGAGUCUGGAUCGGGAUUCAAAUCGUCGUCGGCCUCGGCCUCGGCUGCGCAUUCCAGGUCCCCAUCAUGGUUGGCCAAGUCAGCGUCGACGUGGCCGACAUCCCAGCCGUCACAGCCAUGAUACUGUGUUUCCAGACGGUGGGAGGCGCCAUCUGGGUGUCUGCGUCGCAGUCAAUCUUUGUCAACAGGAUGUUGAUCGCGGUGCCUCAUUUUGCGCCGGGUAUAGAUCCCACGCAAGUCGUCAGUACUGGUGCGGGAGAGCUGCGAGAGGUGUUUGGAUCUGAGCAGAUUGUGGGAGUCCUGACGGCCUAUCUCACUGGCAUUAGGGCAGCUUAUAUGCUGUCUUGCGCUGUUGUGGGUGCGUCUCUACUGGUUGGGGUGUUUUUGCCUUGGAGGAGGCUGGACACGGAUGCUUUGAAGGAGGCUGGCGGAGCUGCAGCGUAG